UAUCAACAUAUCAGCAGCCGUUCAACAACAACAACACCGACAACGAUAUGGCCGUCAAUUAUUACCGCCGGUCACCCGGCAGUCGGGAGCGGCAGCGGACGCCGCGGCGGCCAUCGAUAUCGUCGUAUCCAAUGUUUACCGCCGCUGCUGUCGGAUCGUCGGGCUCUCCGACCACUAGCACUGCAAACAACAAUUGGUGGGACUUUACCGCUGCCGCAGCCGCAGCCGAAUCGGAUGCCACUUUUCCGAUGCCAACUCAGGCCACGUUUACCGCCGACGCUGCCGCCGACUUUCCGGUCCCCGUCGGCUGCGGCGAUGCGGACGAUGGUAUACGCAAUGUUUGGCGCCAUAACUUAGCCGAAGAGUUUCAUCAGAUAAAUCAAUUGGUCGGCGACUAUCCAUUCGUAUCGUUGGACACUGAAUUUCCCGGCGUUAUGAUUGGCCGAUCGGCUACUACUACUGGUAACGGUAUUGGCGUUGGCGGUGGCGGCGGUAUAUUUUACGGCCAAUUGGGCGGCAAAUGGUUUGACCGAAACGAACAAAACUAUCAGUUCAUACGGCACAAUGUCGACCAGUUAAAGGUUAUUCAAGUGGGGCUGGCAUUGAUGGACCCGACGGGUCGUACACCGUGGGACAAGUGUCGGGUAAAUGCCUGGCAAUUUAAUUUUCAAUUUGAUCGCCACAGCGAUCGAUCGGUUCGGGAAUCGAUAGAUAUGUUGGACUCGAGUGGUCUGGAUUUCGAUCGAUUGGCUACCGACGGUAUUCGGGCCGAAGAUUUUGCCGAAUUACUGUUCGGUUCGGGUCUAGUAUUGAAUCCCGAUUGCAAAUGGAUGGCCUUUCACGGCAGCUAUGAUUUUGCUUAUCUAAUGAAACUGUUGACCGCCAGUCUAUUGCCGCCGUCGCGCCAACAGUUUCACGAAUUGUUGGACACGUUUUUCCCGUACGUCUACGACAUUAAGUUCAUAUUGAAUCGUCUGGCCGAUCGGCUGCCGAUUGGCGGCGGACCCUAUAUCGGAUGCGCUGGUCAGCCGCAAGUGUUGGGCGGACUUCAGGACGUAGCUAAUCAAUUAGGACUGGCCCGUGUCGGUCACCCGCAUCAGGCGGCCAGCGAUAGCCUAUUGGCGGCUCAAAUAUUUUUCCACCUAAUGUCCAACUAUCCGAUCGAUGUCAACCCGUUUUGCGGCCGAUUAUAUCAAUUGGAUUGUUAGACACACACACCCGCUUACAUACCCACACCCACACAUAGAUAACUGGAAUUUUUCGGGGUU